AUGGGGAGAAUGAGCAGAUUGUUACUCGCCUGGUGUGGCGCUGCUUUCGCUGAGAUGUUUGUCGUUGAGGAGAAGUUUGCCGGCGGCGGUUGCAGCACAGGGCUCUAUGCCAUGGGCCUUGUACAGCCAGUCGGCGUCUGCGUGGCAAAUGGAGAGAACCAAGCAACUAAACUGGAGCUUGUGGACAACAACACGCGGUUUCAGUACAGCAUGUACAGGAACGGCUAUAUCAAUUGCAGUGGUCCCGCUCUCUUCUCUUCAACAGAGGAGAUGGAUAGAUGCCACGGUGCAGGGGACCAGUAUAGCAGGUUCACGCUGGAGACUUGGGAUAGUGCAACUACGACCAUCUACUCGGCUGCAAGUUGUAACGAUACAGAGAUCUUCCGCGAGAGCCAUUUCAUGAUCGGGCGCUGCAUGAUACUAGGCACUGGCAGCAGGAAGUACCUCUGCAAUGCCACGGUGGGGAUGCUGGAGCUCUACAACUACUCCGAGCCUGACUGCACGGGAAGAGCAGAUAUCGUCGAGCUUCCGCCACUGAGCCGCUGCACCGCCUCGAUGAUAACCCAAGCCAGCAGCUGCGGUACCAAUAAGGCGCUGCUCGGCAAGACUGGCACGAGAGGCCUCCACGCGUAUCUGAUCUCAGGCCUUGGGCUGCUGUGGCUACAUUGGCUACAUCGUGGCAUGUGCGUGAAAUGA